AUCCACGCCUAUGUCCACAAUUACGAUUAUAUUUGUUAUUGCGACGCAUUUCCAACGAAACUGUUAUUACAAAGUGUGAGUCACGCAAGUUCUCCCAGUGGCAUACAUUCGUUCAUUCCGAUCGUGGUCAACUAGUCGCUAGCAUUACUUGUAACAGAUAUAUCGAUCGCUUGGCAAGUGUUUUUUGAAAUUCGUUGUGUUAGACGCGAGUGAAAGCAAAAAUGGGUUGGUUUAGUGAAUGCACCGCUGGAUUUGCCAAAUAUAUUCUGUUCCUGUUCAACUUUAUCAUUCUUGUAGCAGCUAUAAUCCUGAUAGCUUUCGCCGUCAAACUCAAAACUCAAAAUGGAGGAAUUGAUCUUAUGUCAGUCGGAACAUUCAGUAUAAUAGUGGCAGUGCUGAUUGCUUUGAUAGCAUUCUUUGGAUGUUGUGGAGCUAUCAAAGAGAAUUCUUGCAUGUUGACAACGUAUGCAGCAAUUUGCCUCACAUUAUUCAUCAUCCAGCUCGUUCUUGGAAUCUUGGCAUUUGUAGCGGUGAAGAAUGGAAGUAAAGAACUCGACGAUGAAAUACAUCACAUCCUUGAUAAUCUUUAUACGAACUACACCAAGAAAGAUGACGCCAUAGCUGUGGACGCCAUUCAGAGAAAUUUGGAGUGUUGUGGACGCAAUGGACCAUUUGAUCCUAUGGUACAGAAUGGUACAGCUUUGCUCAUCAACAGUUGCUGUGCACCAGAUACUAAUGUCUGUACAGCGAUCAACGCUUACAAGAAAAAUUGUUACGAUGAAAUGUCUAAUUGGAUAGCAAGCAGCGUCAAAGGGAUUGGAAUUGUGGCCAUCGUUUUUGGGGCAGUUGAGCUACUAUCUGCGAUUUUCGCCUGUUACGUCAAGCACACCCGCAAUUGAAGUGACAAAUAGAAGUGUUUCGUUUUGUUUUCAUAC